GCCUGGAACAUGCUGGCAAUGUUUGUCCAGCAUAUUUUUGUCGGGCAAUCGAACAAAAAAACACAAAAAAGUUGAUGAGUCAGCAGCACAUUCUGACGCUGAACACAACGCUAAGGCUAGCUGGCUAGCUAGCUACGGGAGAGCAAAAGAUGAAUGUCUCAACAUUGUGCCGAAGGUGCACAGCUCAGCUGCAGAGAAUAGCAGGAACUGUUCGUAAGGCUUAUGCAUACAAAGUUGCUAGACCAAUCUCAUGGUAUUCUCCUGGUCAAAUGAAGUUCUGUCCAGUACAAAGCCAACCUUAUCAACAUGUCAAUGGAUUUAGCAGCACCUCUUCUAUGUACCGAGAUGAGGGCAAUCUCAGCAUAAACCCUCUAAAUAUCAGCUCUAGAACUGCAAGAGGUCACUGGAAAAACACCUUUAUAUCUGCCUCACGUGCAAUGGACAACUACCUUUUAGACAUUGAGGACUUGGAAGACGUUACUGUUCACAUUCUGAGGAGUGCUCAUGAAGACGCUAGACCGAUGGACUCUUACCUCAAAUCUGAUGUUGAGAAAAGAGCAUUGGAAGUUUGGGGAAGCUGGCAGGUGCUGGAGCAUGAGCUAAAUCGACGAAGAGUAGUUGUGGAAGAGGAGGAAGCCAGAAGAAAAGGGCUGAAUACACUUAUUGCACACCUUAAGAAACUACAGAAGCACCAAACCAGGAAGGACAUUGAGUUCGAGAUGUUUGGAGGCCGAAGGGAGAGAGUGUCAUUGCUUAGAGGGUCAGCAAAGGUUGUGCUAUUGGCUAUAGCCAGCAAUUUUGCUGUGUUUGUCUUCAAGGCAUUGGCGUAUCAAUACUCUGGCUCGGCUGCUAUGCUGUCAGAAGCUGUACACUCUCUUGCAGACAUGCUUAAUCAGUGUCUGCUGGCUUUUGGCAUUGCUCAGUCUAUUCGUUCACCUGACCCCGAUCAUCCGUAUGGGUGGUCGAGGGUUCGUUACGUCUAUUCUCUCAUCAGUGGAGUGGGUAUCUUCUUCCUGGGAGCGGGGGUAACCUGUUAUCAUGGCGUCACAGGCCUUAUCCAACCUCAUGUGGUGCAAAACAUCCCCCUAGCAUUGUCGGUUCUCUCAGCAUCAGCUAUAGUCGAAGGAUUGACACUUUGGGCUGCAGUCAAGCAAGUACAAAAGAGUGCCAUUGAAACCGGAGUUAGUUUCAAAGAUUAUGUGUUGAGAGGUAGGGACCCUUCUGCUGUGGCUGUACUGAUGGAGGACAGUGCAGCAGUGGCGGGAGUAUUUGUGGCAGCCACUGCCCUGUGUAUUACUCACUGGACUGGAAACACAAUGUAUGAUGCUAUUGGAUCAAUCUCCAUAGGUGGUCUGCUUGGUGUGGUAGCACUGUUUCUUAUUCAAAGGAAUAGUAGUGCUUUAGUUGGAAGGUCAAUUCCUCCUGAGAGGCUCAAGCAACUUACAGACUUCAUUGAAAGUGACGUCAUGAUUCGGUCAAUCCACGAUGUCAAAGCUACAGACAUGGGAGCUGAUUCUGUGAGAUUUAAGGCAGAGGUAAACUUUGACGGUAGAGAAGUUGCUCGGGUCCAUAUCAACCGUUUGAACUUGGAGGCAAUUCUCAAGGAGGUACAAGGGUUCGGCACAGUAGCGGAUGUGGAAAAGUUCCUACUUGAACACGGCGAGCAAGUUAUUGAUGUGCUUGGAUCUGAAGUGGACAGAGUUGAAUCAGAAAUAAAGAAACAAUCUCCAGAGGUGCGGCAUGUUGACCUUGAAAUUCUUUAAUCUUGUUAUAGCAUAUACGGUACAUGCAACUAGAUGACUGUUGUAAUAAUUGUAUAAUAGGUUAACAAUGAUUUCAUUAUGAGUUUGUGGUUACUUCUUGACAACUCCCA